AUGGAAAAUAUUAACGCUAAACUGGACCCAAGCAGAGUCUAAGUCUUUAAGAAGGUUAUCAGCGAUAAGGAAAAGUUAGAUAGAUCUAUGUCAAAGUCAACAAGUGCCAAUAGAAUCAGACCUAGAAAUUUAAGAAAUAAUACACUUUUGCAAAUUGAAUCUGAAUCUAAAAUAGAAGCAGGAGAUCCUAAAAACAUUACACUGUCAACAGUAUUCCUCCCUAAAACUGCAGCUACAAUCAAAUAGGUAGGGACUAAUGAGUCAAAGUUUGAAGAAAAUAAUGCUGUCUAAGAGACUCUAAAUUCCUAGUAUGGAGAUCAUAAGGAAUUCGAAUCCUUUAUUAGUAAGACCAUGAAUGUCAAAAAGUUUAAGGAGAAUGCAGCCUCAGUUCAAAUGAUAUAAGAUCGUCAGUUCCAAUAUAAAAAAUCUUAGCUGCCUUCUUACUAUAAUAAAAAUGAAUCUCAGAUAUCCUCAGGCAACUAUCAAUCUAGGUCUCUGACCCCAGACUUUUUAAGGAAAAAGCAAUCUUUAAGAAACUCGCUAUCUUAAAAUGAUUUCUACAACCACUUCACCAGGAAUUCUAUCAAGAUUACUUCAAAUAAUAUCAUUCAAGCACCUCUACUAAUAUCCAGUGACGACUUUAAAAUUAGAAAACUAAAUCCAAACAAGCUUUACAAGGCUCUCUAGUCUUAUUAUUAGUAGACAUUUGAAUAGGAUUAAAGCUUUGAAGACUCUAAGCAUGCUGGUUAUCUUUUUAAUAAAGAUGAUUUGGUGCAACUUAUCAAAAGCAAAGAUGCCAAUAAGAUCCAGUCUUUACUCAGAUAAAGAAACUAGGGGUAUUAAGAUAGAUUGAAAAAAUGGAGAGAUUAUAGAGAACAACAGCAAAAAGAGAUGAAUAAAUCCUAGGAUUUCAGUAAUGCAGACUUGGGAUUUUUAAAUGAUAUGAAAUUUUUGGAAACAUUAAAUGCCAGUGGGGAUGAAAUUUAGUAUAAGGACAUAGAGAAAUUUAGAAUAAAACUUAACUAGAUAAAUUUUGAAGGAUAUGGAGAUAAGAAUGUUGGAACUAAAAAUGAGCAUGAAGUUAUUACUGAGGAGAAUAGUAUGUUAUUAGUUUAGGAUGAGGGAAUUUAAUGUGAGCCAUCAAGAACAUCAGUGAGAUAGAAAAGCUCAGAGAUGAGAAAGUCAAUAGGCAGCUUUCAUGAUUUUCUUUAAAAAUCAUAUAUGGAUAAGGCUAUUGAACUUGGCUCGCUGACUGAGAGAACUUAAAAGCUAUAAGCUGGACUGAUUGUGAAGGGGUUUAAUCCUAGUAAUGCUAAAAGCAGUCUCAAUCUAAAUCAAAGUGAGAAUGGUUUUAAUUCAACGUUCAAACUUACUAAUAUCUAAACCUCAAGGGAGUCGACUAAAUAAAAUCCAAUUAGAGAAAGAAUUUAAAUAAGUACUGUUACUCCUACUAUUUAUGAUCAAAUCUCUGAUGAUUAAUCGUCUCAAUACUACUAGCAAUAAAGGUAAUAGCAUUUUUCCUAGAUGUAUCUACCUGAUCUUAAACCUCAGAUUACUGAUAUGGCAAUGUCUUAGUAGUCACAUAAAAAUUAUUUGAAUGGUUCAUAGUCUAAUAAUAACAUAAAGAAGCUAAACUUCUAGUUAUUGAAUGAAUAAAUAAACAUCGGCUUAGAUCAUGCUAAAAUCGGUGAUUUUUUGUAAUCAAGAUCUAUAUUAGUCAAAGACGAGACUUCAAAAGCAGGAUAAACUAGUUUUCUAAAUGUGAAAAUUAAGCAGUAACCAGAUGCCCCAACCUAUGGAUAACUAUUAACAGAACGAUAGUUGAAGUCAAAUUAACUCAUUAGAAGAGAUGGAGUUCUUGUAACAAAAGAUGAAUUGAAUUAAAAAAGAAAGUAGGUUAUUAGCAAACACCAAAAUCAGUCACUGAACUCAACUUAACAGUUGCAAUCGUAAUCAUAAACUAAUAUGCAAAGGUUGAAAUCAGCUGCCAUGAUGGUUAACAAGACUAUGAGAAAAGAUAUUUAUGAUCCUAUUGUAAUGCGAAGAGACUUCAACAAUGUUUAACUAAUAGGAAAUUAGAGAUAACUAACUAUGGGUCAGAGCAAUAGGAAAUUACCAGGCUUUAUAUAUCCUCUGAUAAACAAUGAAUGA